CCAACACCUCCCACAUACGCCACGAUGAGUGCGCUAUACAACUCGGCUCUCCGCCAGAGCAAAGCCAUCCGUGCCGACCUCGAAGCCCUUGCCAAUAACAGCUCUCAGAAUCCCGUGGCCAUCCAGGGCCAGAUUACAACUUCCCUGACCUCCUUUUCGAGGACAUUAGAUGACUACCAACGCGCCAUCAACGACGAGCUUGUGCCUGAAAAGGCCGAGAAAGGCAAAGAGCGCAUCUCGAAUUUUCGGUCCGACUUGCUGGAGUUUCGAUCACGAUUUGCGGAAUUGAAGCACGAGCGUGAACACCAACAGCUUGCUGAAAAUCGUAGCGAGCUUUUUGGGAGGAGACCGCAUGCUGCUGCCACUCCUGAGAACCCAUACGCCGAUGCGAGCAUUGCAUCCGGUGCUGGCCGAGGAGAAAAUGUGAAUCCCCUGUUCAGGACAAACAACCCCAAUUUUGUGCCCGGCCAGCAAGGCAACAGCUACAGCUCUUACCAGUCACCUUACGGUCUGGGCGCGGAUCAGCAAAGGGAAGGCCAUGCGCUUCGAGAGAACAACUUCUUCACCUCCUCCAACCAAGUGCUGGACGAGUACCUCGAACGCGGACGUGAUGUCCUGAGCAAUUUAGGCGACCAGCGUGAGAUGUUGAAAAACACACAGCGAAAGCUGUACAGCGUCGGCACGACUCUAGGCAUCUCAGGUGACACCAUUCGUAUGGUCGAGCGCAGAGCCAAGCAGGAUAAGUUCAUCUUCUGGGGCGGUGUUGUCGUCUUCAUUGUAUUCGUCUACUUUGUACUGAGAUGGCUGCGAUGAUGCAGAGCUUCCUCGGGUAACUUCUAACAGCACGAGGGCCGGCGACAUUGUGCAUUGUGGUUUGAGCGAGGCGCCUGGUGUUAGCAGAUGCCCACAGCAGUCGCACUGAAAGGAUCAUCGAUUACGGCCUCCGCCCAU